CAAUUAAUUAAUUAAUUAUUUUUCUUUUCGAGGAACCAAAAUUUAUGCUUUCUAUAGUUCUAUCCCGCUUGUGAAGAAACUGUAGUGGAAGAACUCAAGACUCUCAGACCAGCAAAAAUGGCGACUUCCUUCUCCAAUCUUCGUGACCUCCUCACUCGAUUGUCCCAACCAAUCCGAGAAUCACUAUCGAAAACUUCCUACAAACAACCAGACUCAGACAUUUCAAUCAAAUCUCUCCUUCAAUCCCUUCUACCUCCCUUUCCGAUUAACAUCAACGAAGAAUCCGAUCUUCAAUCCCAAUUGACGAGCUUCACCUUACUAUGUGCCGCUUUGGCUUCUUCUCAAUCCUCGACGUAUGAUCAGCUCUCAUGGAUUCCACUUUCUCUCUCAAAUUCCGCGGAUUCCGCUUUCCGAGAAUUACAUAAAGCUUUUUCCGAUGAUCAGGGGAAGGAUAUAACGAUCGAAUUGAUGCCUAGAGUAUUGCCUUUGCUUAAAACGAGUAUCAAGGAGAGUUCAAUCGAUAAGGAGGAUGCCGAUGGUGACGAGGUCUCCGCCGCCUCUGCUAGGGUUCCGGUUGCUUACGCCAUUGUCGCUGCUCAUCAAUUUAAAUGGCUUGUCACACAGGUUGAUUCAUCGCAAUUAGGAAAACUGUGUUCGUUGAUUAUCCCGUGUGCACUUACAGCUCUUGAUCAUUGGUCUCCAGAAGUGAAAGGUCAAGGAAUGAUGACGUUCAUACAUCUAGCAAAACAUGUGAAUUCUUCUGUGUUUAGUGUGUAUGAAGAUGUGAUUCUGGAUGCUUGUUGUCAAAACAUUGCUUCAAGUGAUGAAAUCUGGGAACAUGUAGUUGAGAUGUCUGUGCUCCUUGUGACUUGUACCCAACAAAACAAUCCUCGUAGCUCAUGGUUUGAGAAGGUGUUGAAUGAGAUGUUAAGCCAUUUAUGGAGACAACCAAGAUCAAAGGAGAGGCGUAUUGCAUUUCUUAAACACAUUGAGCCACUUUUUAUUGGCAUGGGACUUGUAUUGUUGGGUCAUUUCAGACGCAUGUUCCCUCUUUUCUUCAAGUGGAUGCAUGCUGAUGAUGAUCAAAGUGUUUUACUGGUUCUUGACAGUAUUAAAACAGUUAUAAAGUUCACGUGGAUAAGGUAUUCACCAUUUUAUGACAGAUUGAUAGAUGAAUUGGUGAUUUUAUACAAAGAUGCAUCGCUCAAAGUUGAAAAAGAAGAAAUACGUGCUCGUAUUGUUCAGAUACUCACCCUACUACAAAAAUGCAAAGGGGAGCAAUUUGAAGCAGCAUGGGUAAAGUACAAAGAGGAUCCAAAUUUGUCAAAACUUUGCACAUCAUUAAAUCCUGAAACUGUUGUAUCACACCCAAUUUCAACUUAACUUGAUGACAGCUGAAGAAUGUAGAUGAGUAGAUGACUGACUAAUUUUAGUUGUGUUAAAAUAUUGUCAGUGUUGACACAUUAAAAAGGGAAAUGCAUUAACCAGUAACAAAUAUUUAUAAUUGUUUUUUGUUGUGAA